AUGGCGCACCAUCCGACAUACACGAUGGCAGGCCUGCUUACGGCGGGUGGAGUGUUCGGCUACCUGAAGACCAAGAGUGUUCCAUCAUUGGUGGCUGGAGUAACGCUCGGCGCGGGAUUCGGCGUCGCAGGCUACCUGUUGCAGAAGGGCGAGAUGACCAACGGCCACGGCGUGGGGCUGCUCAUGUCAUCGAUCACCAUGGGCGCGAUGGGCAUGCGUGCUGUGCGCACGAAGAAGCCGCUUCCCGUAUCAAUCGCGUCGCUUGGAGCGCUGUCGGCUGCGUAUCACGCGCAUCGCUUCACCGAGUGGCUUGGGCAGGAGUAG